UCUUCACAAUAUCUGUCAUCUCUCAGAAAUAUAAAGCUGCCCAGUGUCCUGAUAUCCAAACAGAUCUGAAACUAAUCAAAACACUCUGGAUCAAAUUAGGAUACAUCUUAAACUGGGAAUGAAAUCUGCUUGGAUGAAAGGACCCAUGGAUGAAUGAAGUACAUGCGAACACAACUGAAGAUCUUGGAUUAUUAACUUGUGGCCACUUUUGGGCUCAAAACAGCGGAAUUUCAGUGGAACAUCAUCCUCAAAUCACCGAGAAAACAAGGGUCGACCAGACAGCGAGAGAGUGGCUGUGAUGAUAGGAGACAUCAAAUGACAAUUGCAGUUUAAAGGUGAAAGAAGGGAAGAUUGCCAUUCUGACUUCUUUAGAGUGCAAGGACAAAUGAAACAUUUUCCUUUGUUGCAGCUGCAUCACAGAGCAAAACCAGCAAUGAUGGAGUUCUAGCUAUUACCAAGCUGGAAACGGAAUCCAGGUUCAGAAAAAGGAUAAUUCAGAAACGAACUGUCUAAGAAUAUGAAACGCUCUAUGAGGAACAUGUCCCAGCUUUAUCUCUUCUUCAUGGUCUUCCUUGUUUCCUUCCAUUCCUCUCUCCCCUUCCACAACAGUGAAUGCGACACAUAUCCCAGUCCUGUCUGCAAGAAUCAGGCCAACUUCGUACCAGGCUAUAACUUUAUCGGGGAAGGAGUUGAUAUCACCACUCUGGAGAAGAAAGGAGCUUAUGUGGUGGAUAUCAGCAAGUGGCAGGGACCCAACGGGACGUGUACCCUGUGUCGGAAUCAUAAGAUGGGUGAGAAGCUGCAGAGACUCCCCCUAGUUGGGGUGGAUUGGCGGGAGAAGGAAACCUGCCAACGACAAGCAAACAACUUUGUGGAUGAGUUAGACAUAGAUGUGGCCAACGCAGUAGCCAAAGAAGUGAAGAAUGACUGGAAAACAGAGUUCACUGAGGAUUUCAUGGAGGACGACUUGGGGCUCUCCAAAGCCCAGGUGGCUUUUGCUGGCUCUCACUCCAACUUGGCCAUUUUUGCACAUCAGAAAACCCGCGAGGACAGAUACAGCUUUCUGAGGAAUGAGAUCGAAUGCGAACAUUACAGUCUGAGACUUCAGCAGAAUCCUCUGCUGUCCUUCCACUUUGCUUGGGCCAUCGGCAGGUUGCCUCCCUAUUAUGAUCCUGAGGAAUACCAGAAUUUCAUCAACAUCUACGGCACCCAUUAUAUCAACCGGGUGUAUCUGGGCGGGCGAGCCCGCUAUUUGCUGGCCUUGAAAACUUGUGCCAUGAGCUUAAUGGGGUUCACGGUGGAGAAAGUCAAGGCCUGUUUGGAUUUGGAGACAUCCCUGAAAGGUAAAGGGCUUUGGGGAGUUGCUUCCUUCCAUUUUGAAUGUGCCAAGCUCUGGUUCAGGAAAUCUAAACCCAGCUUCUACGACCUUUAUAUGACCCAGCACACCGAAGUGAUAGGAGGUCACAAACAGAUGCUCUUCUCAGACAGCAGAAACAUGGAUCAUCUCUCCGAGUGGAUGGAGAGCACCAAAAGGACACCCGGGCUGGUGUCUUAUUCCCUUUUAUCUCUACACACCUUGUUGAACAAGACGGAUCCCAGGAGGAAUUUUUUGAAGCAAGCCACUGUGAGCUACAUCAAACGGAGAGCCCUAAGGAGAGAUUGUCGCCAAAGCUGUCCCGAGAAUAACUUCAACAGCUUGGUCCGAAGGUGCACCUGCAUGUGUAUACCAAACGGUGUCAUCAAUGACAAAUGUUGUGGCACCGAGCGGGGCAGGGCGUACCUCAGGUUCCAUGUGGACAGUGGAUCCGGUCUUUGGGGUGACCAUUUUUCCUCCACCGAUGCCUACGUCAAAAUUUUUUUUCAAAAACAGGAAAGGCGCACUAGGGUCAUCAGUGGGAACAACAACCCUCAAUGGUCAGAAAAUCUGGACUUUGGGGCUAUCACGUUGGAGGGCAAUGACAGGUUUCUAGUGGAAGUUUGGGACAGUGAUGUCUGGCACGAUGAUCUCUUGUAUAGAUCUCACAGGAUGUUGAGUUCAGGUCUUAGCAAAUGGCAAAAAUGCUACCUCCAUUACGGACACGUUAAGUUCUAUUACGUGUUGAUGUGUGCUCCCACUCUGACUGGGUCCAGUUGCCAUGACUACGUCCCUUUGCAUCUGCCAACCUCCUAUUUCAACGACACUAAUACCAAUUGGGAAACUUCAUGGUCGCACAGAUUUCAUGCCUAGGUACUGCAUGGGUAGGGCUCCUCCUGAUAAAUUAAGGCAUUAUUCAGAAUUGGAAGGAAUCUGUUAUGGUGUCCCUAUGAAUUUUCUUCUAUGCAACAACUGGGAAUGAGUUGUGGAACAGAUGAUUCCUACGCAAUGUACUUGUAGCCCUCAAUUUAUGACCACAAUUGUGCUUAAAAUUUCUGUUGUUAAAGGAGACAAUUGUUAGUCAGUUGCCAAGUGUCUGAAUUUUGAUCAUAUGACCAUGGAGAUGCGGCAAUGGUCAUAAGUGUGAAAAAUGGUCAUAAAUUAAUUUCUUCAGUGAUGUUGUAACUUUGAACAGUCACUAAAUGAACUAUUGUGAGAUAAGGACUAUCUGUAAUUCCAAAACUUUUGAACUUAUUGAUGUAAUAACGUGCUGCCAAAAUAAUUGUUUAAGAAAUCUGACAGAUGGGAUUAAAGACAUUGUGGGAACAUAAAAUCCUAAUAUAGAGCUCUCCUUAUUUACAGGGUAGUCCUCAACUUAUAACCAUUUGUUCAGUGACGGUUCAAAGUUACAACACACUGAAAAAAGUGACUUAUGACCUUUUUCACACCUACAACCAUUGCAGCAUCCCCAUGGUCACGU